UCUAAAGGUGGGACACAGUGUUGAUCAAAAUGGCGGAUCUGUCUGGCACGGACGAUACAAGUUUGGAUUUAAAUACAACCCAAGAGUCACAAGAUGAACAACCCAGUCAAAAUGGAGACCAACCCAAAGAAAGGAAAAGAUCAAGAUCUCCUGUAGACCGUGAUAAGAAAAGAGAAAGAUCAAGCUCAGGUACACGUGAGCCAAAGUCGCGGCGAAGGAGUAGAGCUGGUGCAGGUGGAAAGGAAGACAAGAGAGUUCUUAUCACAAACAUUCCAUUUGAACUGACUUGGCAGAAGUUGAAAGAUCUUAUUCGGGAGAAGUUGGGAGAUAGUGCUGUGAAAAGAGUAGAGAUUUUCUCAGAUGAAAAUGGGAAGUCCAAGGGAGCUGGGCUGGCAGAUAUGCGUGACUAUGACAUGGCCACGAAAGCUAUUGAGGUAUUGAACAAGCAUGUUGUUAGUGGGAGGAAAAUCAUUGUCCGAGAGCUUACUGAGAAAGACAUCCGUCGCUACAUGCCCUCUCAGAUGGGAGUUGGGAACAUGGGCGGUGGAGGAAUGGGAGGAGGAGGAGGAGGAGGAAUACUGGGAGGAGGAAUGGGAAUGGGUGGGGGUAUGGGAGGAGACAUGAUGGGAGCGGGAAAUGCUGUUAACCCCCAGUUGUUGCAGUCCCUUGGGAUCGAAGGUCCUGUUACCAACUCAGUAUUUGUUGCCAAUCUUGACUUCAGGGUGACAUGGAAGAAACUAAAAGAGAUAUUUCAGAUGGCUGGCAAUGUGGUCAGGGCAGAGAUCAAGGAGGAUAAGGACGGGAAAAGCCGCGGCAUGGGAACAGUGCAGUUUGAACUACCUUUUGAAGCAGUGCAGGCUAUUUCUAUGUUUAAUGGUCAAACUCUUUAUGACCGAGCUAUGACAGUUAGAAUGGAUAAAUUGAAUGAUUCCAUUCCUCCACAACAGCCAAGGCUGCCAAGUGGUUUGAAGGGCAUUGGUAUGGGUCUAGGCAUGGGAGGAGCUCCAAUACAUGGACAAGGGGGACAGAUGGGAAACAUGGGUAUGGGAGGAAUGGGAUCUGGAAUGGGAAGUGGAAUGGGCAACAUGGGUGGCAUGGGCAAUAUGGGCAUGGGAGGCGGCAUGGGCAACAUGGGUGGAGGAAACAUGGGCAUGGGCUCUGGGAUGGGCAAUAUGGGAGGAAUGGGGGGUGGUAUGAGUAACAUGGGAGGAGGAGGAGGCAUGGGCAACAUGGGAGGUGGCAUGGGGAGCGGCAUGGGCAUGUCUGGAGGUAUGGGGGGUAUGGGGAUGAGCAACAUGGGCAUGGGCAGUGGGAUGGGGGGUAACAUGAACAACAUGGGGAUGGGAGGUGAUAUAGGUGGAAUGGGCAACAUGGGCAGUGGCAUGGGUGGUCUGUCAGACAUGAUUGGAAUGGGUGGUGGGUCCAGUGGGUUAGGAGACAGCAUGGGCUCUGUGAUGUCAGGCAUGGGUGGAUCCGGCAGUUACAUGGGCAGCAGUGGGCUUGGGGACAGUGGACGUUAUGGCAGCAGAGAUGGUGGGCGGCGUGACCGAAGCCGUGACAGAGACCGUGGGGACAGAAGAGGCGACAGAGGCCGGGAUUAUGGCCGAGAUCGAGAUGGGAGAGGAGAUGGAGGGAGCAGGGUGAGAGCUGGACAGGAAGGAUGCUCAGUUAUUGUCAGAAAUCUGCCUUUUAGCGUUGACUGGCAACAGUUGAAAGAACGAUUCAGAGAUGUUGGUGAUGUCAAGUUUGCAGAGAUCAAGAUGGACAACGGCAAGUCCAAGGGCUGGGGUACAGUCCGCUUCAACUCGCCCACAGACGCUUCGAGGGCAGUCAAUUUGAUGGAUGGAGCCCUUGUUGAAGGACGUGAAAUCUCGGUCCAAGUCUAUGUUUAAGAUGGUAGUGUAUAUAAAAGAGACUGAACUGAUAAUUGGCUUUGCUUUGUCGGAUCCCGACUUCACUUGAUCCACUGGUUGUUGUUAGAAUAGUUUUAUUUUGUUCAGGUCCCUCUUGGUCCAGUGGUUUUGAGGAAGCCAUCUUUGGAGACUAUUUGGUUUUAUUUUAAAGACAGAACCUAGAGUGGUCUAGAUGUCAAAUAUCCAGUCGUCAUGUUGAACUUAGAAGUUAUGAAAGGACAGACAUUUGAAAUAUACACCAGAUCUUUUGGAAGCUGGUUCCUCUGUAUCGGAGGAAUUAGAUAGUGUAUUCAAGAUGCUGUAAUUUCCUGGCACAAACUGGUGAUUUUAAUUAUUUUACGUUGUACAGAAAUGUGUGUCACAUAUAUAGAGAAUAAAGCUUUACAUUAUAUAUAAGUUCUUA